GCCUAGCCCACCGAAGGGAAAGUUGUUUCUGGCGUUGAAUCUAUCUCUCCGUUCAUUCCUACCGUCUAUGUUUCCUGACGACUAAAAGAACGCCCCGUUUCACCUGCCAUUCCGCCAUCAAAAGUCUCUUCUUGACGAAGCCAAGACACAAGGAAACAAUUCUUGUCCCAUGGCAGAGCGUUUGGCUGUUUUCGGGGUUUUGGCCCUCUCGUCGAUUGCUGGCAACACCGCCGAUUCUCUCUGUCGAUACGCCGAUUUGUUGCCAGACUCAUCCCGCGAUAUUCGCAGCGUAGUCAAAUGCCUUUAUGAUAUAAGGGCCACCUUAAGGGACCUUGAUUUUGCUUUUCAGGAUCAUCGCUUUAACCGCCUUGCUCGAGAGUUGCUGGACGACAUCGUGUUGGGUAUCGGUAGUUGCUCGAGGUCUCUUCGUGAGCUGGAUAAUAUUGUUGCACGAUACACUUCUGGGCGGCGGGCUGCCUCACCUCGAAAAACCUGGCACGAGAUCCAAUCUUAUUUUCAUAAAGCCGAAGGUUUUCCUUUGGGUAGUCGCUUAGAUGUUCACCGGACUUUUUUGCUGCAAUUGAAAGGGAUUUUGCAACAUAAAUCGGGAAACCGAACCGAAAUGUCAAGACUCCGGGAGGAGAUGAAAUAUUUCGCAACCAACCAGGAAAGAGUAGCGAAAAGAAUGAGAGAUCUGGAGGAAAGUCAGAGAAGGGCUUCUGAGGAAAAGGCCUAUAUGGCUCGAUAUCCACCAACGCCUCCCUAUGGCUCGCCGUCACGGCGUUCCUCGCGCUCUUUCAGCCCUGUAUCUCCACCUCAUUCGGUCAAUGUUGACCCUGUGCGCUACAUGACCCCAGCACAUGACUCCCGGCCCGCAACACCUAUGGCCCCGAUUACCCCAAAUACACCAAUAUCGCCGCCACCUCGGGACCGUAGGUUCCCCCCCCCAGCGCCAACUCCGCUUCCGCCAUCACCGCCAGGCCCAAGACUGCGUGGAGGCAAUGUGAAUGUUAGGCCUGAUUGGUGGGCCGGUGUUUUUGAUGGGACGGCCGGGUCUACCGGGUUUGUGAAUACUGCCAAAACUGCCGAGGGAUCACAAUGUUUUGGGAUGCCAAUGGACACACUUAAUAUGGCAAGAGAAGAGAUUGAGAUUAUUAAAGUGGAAUUUGAUAAUGACCUUACUCUUCGCCUCUACCGCGAUGAGACGACCGAAGCCGCGAAAGUUGUCUGCACGGUUGGUCAACCAUAUUCGGGUGGGUGGGUCAACGACCGCCGAGGACACACCAAAUUCCAAACAUUCAUCGAUGCAUCUCUUUUGACUGUAUCCCGAGCUGGAUCCAGUCUCCAUCUUAAGCGCCGCGGUAUCCUAUGGGCUUGUUUAUAUUUUGCAGAUAUCGAAAAUAUGGUGUUAUUUUAUCAUACCUUCUUGGCGUUAAGAUUCAACGGUCCGAAGGCACCGACGCCCAAAAAAUCAGAGUAUUGGCUUGACGGAGAAGAGCUUCUUUUUAGCGGUGAAAUCGACGAUGAGGGUUAUCCUCACAUUUUAAGAGUAUUGCAGGACCGGGACUCCGGAGUAGUAAGAUUGGCCUCCGCCAAUGUCAAAGGCGAACAAACCGAUGUAACCAUUUGGACUGCUUUUAUUACGGAUUAUAUUGGUAUUCCUGACUGGCUUCGUUACUCGCGAAGUAAUUCAAUUAUCCUAAGGGACCUACGGCAGUUUUCGUUUUCGGUCUACUUUGACACCAACACAUGGAAGAAUUACGAACUGCGUUUCAGGAAUCCUGGAGACGCUCGCGCAUUUGAGAGGGUCAUCAAGGAGAUUAGAUUGCCUUCUUACUCUCUUUAAUAUCAGCAACCAUUUCUUUACCAAAAGUUUAGUAGAUAUUUGGAUUCUCAUUGCAGGCGCUCAUCCGCUUUCCACCUCUCAUUUGUUUCACGAUUUACGAAGUUAUGAAAGCUAUGAAUUAGUUAUGCUAUGGAAAGGAUUAUCUUUUCUUUGCCUUUCUUUGACUUUUGAGUAAGUUUAUCAGUAGUUGGAUAUCAUUCUCGUUUAUUCUGUUCUCUUCUAGUCAUUUGUGUGCCUUGAAGCAGGUGCUUUUGGUUUUUCUAUUAUCACUAUUAUUAUUACUAUUAUCCUUGCUUUUAUGUAUGAUGGAAGGUGGCUAGGGAAGGCAAAGUGGCGUGAUGUUGGAGUUGGGGGCUCUGGUAUUGUUUUUGUAAAUGGAACUGUGGUGCAGUCUACGAGUA